AUGGAGCUAUUACUGGUAGUAGCGACUCACCUACUUCUCCUUUUUAGCAGUAUAACUUACACGAAUGCCGAAAACAUAGAAUGCACAGGAUUUGGAUUACCAUCAUCAAGUCCCAGCAAAGCAGACCGGGGCAAAAUGCUCGAUGUUUUCAACAAGGUCAGAGAGAAUAUAGUCAAUGAAAAGGAUCUUGAAAAGCAGUACCUGAAAAAAGCGAAGAACAUGUACAAAUUGUUUUGGGACUGCGGAAUGGAAAAACAACUUACCGACGCCAUUAAUCCGGCGAAGGCAAAAUUGACUUUGACCACGAAUUAUGCGCAAAACUACGCCAUAUUUGCAAAAUCCUUGCUUGCAUCAAAAAAUCCCGAAGGCUAUUCUAUGAUGGCGGAAACAGAGUGGUUCAAUCAAGUGGCAUAUGUCGGUGGUCUCGACAAGAAUCAAACGUACAAGGGUGGUUUGGAUUUUUUUGCUAACAUGGUCAAUGCGAAGGCUACAAAAGUUGCAUGCGCUUACAAGGAGGAUGCAACUAACACCUAUAUUCAUUACUCCUGCAUCUUCAACGUUAAACCAGUCAAGGGUCAGAGUAUCUACGAAAGAGGGACUCCAUGUACGAAGGACUCGAAGUGCACUACGUACCCAGGAUCAACUUGUAAUGCGACUACGAAGCUGUGCGAAUACCUAGGAAUCGUAGUACCAGCAUGACACCAAAGCGGUACCGAAUGAUCUUUCUGCUCGAAGCUUUGCCAAAAACUGUUUGAUCGUUUUGUAAAAGAAGCCUGGAAAGUAGAAAGGAAUAAAGUCAUAUUUUUUGUUUACCGCUCACUAAUUUUCUUGAGAAUAUACGUAGGAUGAAAAGGUAGAGAACUGUAAUGAAGACUGC